UUUGACCCAGACUCAAAGAUUUCAGGUCUUUGCAGUAAAUACCUUCAGCAUCACGCUGCAAACAUGCAUUCUCUGCAGAGCUACAGGAUAUCUGGUGACAAGAGCAUCAAAGAAUUCACAAGCAGCUUGCAUUUGUUUGACCAAACUAGCUGGAUCUUUUGUAAUGGCUGUGCUGACUUCAAAGGAAAUGAAACUCCAUGUGAUGAAAUGACUUGGAUUGAGACAAAAAUGACGUGCCUGCAGGAAUCUGUGUCUUUGAUCUGUAAACAAAUCUUACCAAAGGGGACGUUCCAGGUAAUUUUUCUUCUCACAUCACCAGUUGAGAAACCACUCUUGCACACUUUCAAGAAGUUUUUCACAGACAUGGAAGGCCAUGAAGACAUCAUCUGCAUCUGUGAAUCACAGAAAAACUUCCAAAAGUGGCAAAGCUUUGCAGAGGGGUCAUGUGGAACAGAAACUGAAAUGAACAAUUGCAGUGUUGUUGGGAUGAAAAUGAGUCACGUUAAUGCAACUCUGCAGCAAAUACAACCUGUAAAAGCACAUGCCAGCAAACACCUGUCAAUCUUUGUGAAAGGGACAUGUCUACUAGAAACACAGGCAGAGGAACAGAUGUAUUCUCUGGAGAUUCUUACAGUCUAUCAUUGCGAUGAAACAAGUGAAGAAUUCAUCAGAGAGAAAAAAGCAAACAUUGAAGAGCAGUUCUAUCGUGGUGGGAGAGUGACCUGGUUGAAUUUCUGGCUUGCUGAACAGAAGCAUUUGGGAGAGGUAAUUGAAAGAGAUGCUUAUCAUGAGGUUUCCAGUCUUCUCAAUGGUGCUUUGAAAUGCAAUGCAGAUCAAACUCCAGUAAAGAGUAUAAACAUCUACCAUCACCCAGGAAGUGGAGGAAGCACUGUUGCAAGACAAGUGCUGUGGAACAACAGGAAAGAUCUAAGGUGUGCAGUUGUCAAGCCUUCAUACUCAGCUUCUCUUGUUGCGCAACAUGUAAUUAAACUAAGAGAAUAUGAAGAAAAAGAUCCACAGAAAUGUCUUCCUGUGCUGCUCCUCAUUGAAGACUCAGACAAAGAAUAUCUAGAUGAUCUCAGGAAUAAACUGGAGGUUGCCAUUAACACUAGAAUAAUUCAGUUUGUAACUCCGUGUUUUAUUUUGUUGAGCUGCAGAAGAUCCCUUGAUCCAGAGAAGAAAUGCAAGGAGUCUCCACUACAGAAUGUGUCUGUCACUCAUGAGCUGUCUGUUCAAGAGAAAAGAAAAUUUGCUGGAAAAGGAGAGGCACUUGAAGAACAAUAUAAGCCUGAAUUCAUCCUUACCCUUGUGUUGAUGAGUGAAGGAUUCAAUGAGAGAUAUGUUCAACAGUUUGUGGAACAUUUGCUCCAAGACAUUGACCAUCACUCUGAUGUCACUCGCCUCAUUCUCUAUGUAGCACUGUUGAACACUUAUGUUCAAGACUCUUUCAUCCCUCUGUCCCAUUGUGAAGCUUUGCUUGCCCUAACUGUUCACUCUGAAAGGUUUCGCCAGCAUGAGUUUGAGAAAUCUCUCAGUGAACAGGCUAAAUUACUGUUCUUGCACCUGAGAGAUGACAAGACACACAUUAAAUCAAUCAGAAUCAUCCACCCACUUGUUGCAGAAGAAAUUCUCAAACAGCUUUUGGGGAACAAACAGACCCAAAGCAGUUUGGCAAAGAGUGUCUCUCCCCUGAUUGAGCAUGUGUGUGAAAAGGAGAAAAUCCCAGACAAAGCAAUUGAGUUAUUAGAGGAAGCAUACCAGUGUUUCCUUAAAGAUCCAUUCUUUGCACAACAACUGGAUCGUCUUCAGGCAAAAGACCGGGCAGAGACAGCAGCUAAACAGCUGUCCAACAACCCAUACAUGCUCAAUACAAAAGGGCAGGUUUACAAAAAAUGGUGCCAAGCUAAACGCCAAGCUAUUGAGGAAGUGAAACAUGUCUGGGAACCAUUUCAUGACCGUGUGAAAAAACUUCACAAGUCAAUGAAAGAUACCUUGGAACGGAUUUCAGAAGACCUCAGCUACUCCCAGACAGACAUCGGUGCAGAUGAAGAAAAUACCCUGAAAAUCCUGAAGAGAAGAUAAGCCAGCUGCUGACAUGGUUGGCAAAAAAAUCUGCAGAGUAUGGGAAGUACUUCAGUGAAGCUUAUUCUACUGCACUGCAGCAUGGGCAAUCAAUCCCAGACAAUCUGACUCCUUUCCAAAAACGCAUGAUCAUCUAUCAUCUUGGUGGAGGUAACAUUACAGAGGUGAAACCAAAAAAUCUUAUAGCACAUGGUAUGGAUGACAAUGUACUAAACAUUGACAGCAGUUCUUUCAUGGUGGGAGUGAUCUGGUUGAAUUUCUGGCUUGCUAAGCAGAAGUAUGUAGAAGAGGUAAUUGGAAGAGAUGGUUAUCAUGAGGUUUCCAGUUUUCUCAAUACAAUGCAGCUCAAACUCAAACUCAAACUCAAACUAUAAACAUCUACCAUCAUCCAGGAAGUGGAGGAAGCAAGUGCUGUGGAACAAAAGGAAGGAUCUAAGGUGUGCAGUUGUAAAGCCAUGCAAAAUCAUGGAUGCAAACAAACUAUCUCCAACUGAACAGUGACAAAUUAGACAUAAUCAUCAUUGACCCCACAUCGCACCAAAGCCACCCACAACUUCUGCCUCACCUUCGAUAACUGCACUCUGUCUCCCUCACCACAUACCUGCAACCUAGGAAUCGUCUUCAACAGCCAGUUAAGGUUUGACCACCACAUCAAUCACAUCACCAGGGCUGCCUUCUUCCAUCUCAAGAACAUCGCCCAUCUCCGCCCCUCACUCACCUUCUCUGCCGCAGAAAACCUCAUCCAUGCAUUUAUCACAUCCAGACUGGAAUAUUGCAAUAGCAUCCUCUAUGGCUCAUCAUUCAAACUCCUCAAUAGACUUCAAUACAUCCAGAACUCCGCUGCCUGCCUGCUCACCCACACCCACAUCACCCCCAUCCUCCAAAACCUACACUGGCUCCCCAUCACACAUCGCAUACAGUUCAAAAUGACCUCACAUCACUCCUGGACUGUCUCGGCAUCACACAACAUGUCAACCUCCCAACCCAUAACAAAGGUCACAUACUGGACUUAAUCUGCUGCACUGACAUCACUCCCACAAACCUUGCUGUUACCGAUCUUUGAUUUCACAAGUUGAAGCCUUCCCCACAUCAAAACAGGACUGUGCUGCUGUAGCCAAAGCCUUGAUGACAGACACUGUUCCCAGAUGGGGAAUCCCGACCACAAUCAGCAGUGACAAUGGUAUACCAUUUGUCAGUGAGGCCAUCAGACAGCUUGGUCAUUUUCUAGGUAUCGACCUGAGACAACAUUGUUCCUACCACCCCGCCAGUGGAGGUGCUGUGGAACGAGAAAAUGGUACCUUGAAAACUAAGCUGGCAAAAUGUUGUGAAGAUACAGGUCUCUCAUGGACAAAAGCGCUGCCCAUUGUUUUGAUGUACAUGAGAAUGAGAAAGCAGGCGAGUACUAACUUCAGUCCCUUUGAGAUUCUUUUUGCUGCCCAAUCUGGAAAUGGGAGGUGCUCCUAACGACACACACCGCGUUGAAGGUUGUUGAAAGGGCUACUUGGAUCCACGCCAGCCACUGUUGUAAGGUCCCACCUCCGCCUGAGGGUUCCCCUGAGCAGACGGCGAAGUAAAGCACUCUGCUCCACCCAUCACCAGGUCGAUGCGGUAAUUCUCACCCCUGUUCUGGUGCCUCAACUGUGAGGGAGGAGUGCUGAUUGAGCUCUCUGCUCGCACUCCAAGCUCCAGCAGUUGCACAUCUUUAGGGCUCCAGACUGUAAGGUGUGAACACCAACUCGCCUGUGUGCACCAUGGAAGGGCGACAACGUCCUUGGCAUCCAUUCAGACACCCAGGCUUGUGUGGCCUGUGUGGCACAACAUGCAUUCUUGCUUCAUUGGCAGUCAUCAUCGUAAUCGAGUCAACAUACCAAGCAAACAGUUCCUGGUAGUUUUGAUGACAGAGUUUAUAGAUGCAAUUGGCAUUCCUAGAAGUGUGCCUAAUGAACAUAAAGCACGUGAUCAAAUUGCUGGGGGACGGACUUCUGUCAUCCCUUUAAUUGGCACUAUAAUUGAAACUAGCAAGAACACUGACUGGAUCAAUUACAUCUACUACAACCAACAGUGUUUCAUCAACUUCACCUAUGCGGCAGUUGAAGGCCUAGCUGAACAGUUAUCUGCCACCUCCCUCAUGGCAUGGCAGAACAGAAUGGCUCUUGACAUGCUCCUGGCUGAAAAGAGAGGUGUCUGUGUCAUGUUUGGUGAUUCCUGGUGCACUUUCAUUCCCAACAACACUGCUCCAGACUACAUAGUCACCCGUGCCCUGGAGGGACUGGGAUCUCUCCGUAAUGAACUGUCUGAAAACUCUGGUAUUGACACAAGUUUGUUUGGAUGGUUUGACUCUGUUUUUGGCACAUGGAAAACUUUGAUUAGGCUAUAUCUCUUUUCACAGGUGUGAUUGUUGCUCUGACCAUGCUGAGUAUUUGUGGUUGUUAUUGUCAUUCCUUGCAUUAGGGGACUGGUAAUUAGAGCAAUUGACAGAUCAGUUUGUAAACAAAUGACGAACCUUGCAGAUCUUGAAUCUUAUGCUUUGUUAAAAUUUGACAACUUCGACACACCCGACCUCCUCCCUACUCCUGAAUGGCUUCCACAACCACCUCACUAUGAUCUCGACUCUGACACUGAUAACAUUGAUGAUGGUUCUGUGUAAAUACAUGUCUCUAUCCUCCCAGCUUGCUCCUCAAAUAGGAAUGUCUGUGUUCCGCAAAAACAGCAUUUUGCUUUUCACAUUUCACGUUCAUGAUGACCUAGUUUGAAUCCUUCAGGAAUUUAGGUUUGAUGUUGGUGUUAUGUUGUACAUACUUGAGUGAUCAAUAAAUGAUCAAAAGGGAGGAGUGUAAUGGAAAAUUACUAUAUAACUGUAUAACCCAUCACUUGUAUUAACUUUGCUCAAACAAAUGCCUUCUGUAAGUUGCUCACUGAUCGAACUCUGCCAUGACUGUUUCCCAUGUAAAGCAUUAAAAGAUUGAAAGACA